CCAACCACCCUGAGUUCCUCACCGUUUCCCGCGCCCCCACCUUCGGCGAUGGGCACCCACCUUCGGGCGGCCAAGCGGGCGAGGGUGGACCUGGGUGGCUUGGAGCCACCAGAUCCGCCUGCGAAGAGUGUGAAGCAGUUCUAUGACUUCAUGAGCUACCGCGAGUUGAUCCGCCGCCGCCGAGCUGAAGGCCAAGAGGGAGCGGCCCUCUAUGAAGGCAUCCCGGAGUCACUGGCAGAGUACUUCCGCCGCCGGAAGUGUCCCAACGUGCAUCGCUUCCAUGAUCGCACCACACAGGGUUUACACCGCUUCUGUGCAGCUGAGCAGCGCUGGAAGCUGUGCCAAAACGAUCAGGAGAGGAAACGCCUCAAGGAACUCAUUGUCUUGAACUUUGCGGUUUGGCGCUUCAUUGGAGGCACAGCUUUGUUCGCCAGCGAGGUCGGCUUCUUAUCCGGCUGGGGUGAGAAGGAGAAAAGGAAAAUCGAGGAGGUCGUAUCCAAAGCCUUCCGUGAGAAGCGGAUUGAAGAAUUGUUCACGGAUGCCUACAAAGGACCGGGAACCCUUCGAACGGAGUUGGCCCAUCCAAAGGCAGAUGGAGACUCCUUAAGAAAAGUACUGCAUAACCAAGGUCCCAAAGCAGUGCCUUGGUCAGAGCCUGACAUCACCUUCCAAACCUUGGUGGGCAAGUUCCGGUUGAUCGACCGGCUAUGGCAGGAGUGCUAUCGCGUGGUGGCGAGCGCUUUGCCCAGAUGUGGGCAAACCUUCAUGCAGCCAGUGUGUGAUAUCUUGGCGGAGCUGCCGUUCUUCGGAGCCUGGGACGAUGGCCGGCGAGUGCCAGGUUUCUUCGCCAAAGAGCUGGUGCAAGACCUCCUCGACACCCCAGUCUUCGAGGGCGGCCGUGCCUGUGUGCAGGAUCGUUACACCUACUCUCCCGCUGGCCCUGGAGCCAUCGAAGGACUGCGCUUGGUCUAUGGAAGGGGCAAAGUCUCCCCGAAGGAGGCGGUGCCGUUGAUGCGGAAAAUCCUGGCGCAGAACCACUUGUGGCACUUUGAUCCCACCGAGUUGGAGCUCCACGAUGUUCAAUUCAUGUUGUGCGAGCUCCAAAAGUUCUUGCACCGCGGGGCCAGCCUGCGCGACUACGCUGGCCUGCCCUGCUUGCAAGGCUUACCUUUGAGCUAUCACUUCAUCAAGGAACGCUUGGAAGAAGCCUUAGUGUUGGACUUGAUCCGUGCCAAUGCCUUCGAAUCGGAGAAGAUCGCCAGGGCCCUGGCCAGCUGGAUGAGCUUCCGCUUGGAACUUCCGAAGGACGACCUGAUCCGAGGCGGAGACCAUGUGAUUCUGCGACAUUUGAAGGACUCGAUGUGUCGUUUGGAGCUCAACCCACAAGACCAGCACUUGGGCCCCGCCAAGACGCAUCCCACAGCCUUCCGUCUGGAGAUCGACACUGGCCACAAGCGGAACGGCAGUUCCGGGCGAGCACCCAGUCGGAACCACCUCCGCUCUGGUGACAGCUUCUUCCUUCGUUCCCCCAGCGGCGCUCACCUGGGACCCGUGAACCACUGCUUCGACGCCGCCCGCGAGUCCCUGCGCUUCGCGCCGGCGCGGCGCUUGACGGUGCGCAAGCUGAGUCCUUACCGAGAAAACACCAAAGGCGAUUUCCUGUGCUUCGGAGAUCACCUGCAACUGUUUUCCACCAGCCAAACCACGGAGUCCAAUGCGAAAAGAGCUUUGUCCGUGAGAUUCGAGCCAGAGCUCGUGCAGAGUGAGCUCGAGAUCGAACUCAAAGAUGUGGUGCGGAAGGUCAUCGACCAGGACCUGUUGAUCGAUGAAUUGGGCCAGCUUCGUGUCAAGGACGUGUGCCGCGUGCGCGGCCGCCUGAUCGGCGGCGGAAGCGGCCGAAGCGGCGCAAGCACGUCGUCGGAGUGGAAGAGCCGCUGUGCGAAGUUGACGGGCAACUGGGCGAUUGAUUGCGAAAGUUUGGUCUCCAAUCCCAUCGUGUAGGCUUCAA